AUGACGAAUUCAAACAAGGACCCCUAUGUUUCUAAAGCGACAAAGAAAGCACUCAUGAUAAAAAUCUUUAGUUCAACACCAAAUGCUUGGUUUAUGGAUAUCUUGGAAAACAUUCCGAGAGUUAGAACAGAUGGACCACCAUACUGGCUAAUAUUUGUCGGUCAAAACACAAGAUACUGUGAAGCCAUACCA